AUGGAGUUGGCCAACCAUGGUCUUAUCCUGCUGCAACAGCUUAACGCUCAGAGGGAGUUUGGCUUCCUGUGUGACUGCACCGUGGCCAUCGGAGACGUCUUCUUUAAAGCCCACAAGGCCGUCCUGGCUGCCUUCUCCAACUACUUCAGGAUGCUCUUUAUUCACCAGGACAGUGACUGUGUGCGUCUGAAGGCUGCCGACAUACAGCCCGACAUCUUCAGCUACCUCCUCAACCUGAUGUACACAGGCAAGCUGGCACCGCAGCUGAUCGAUCCCGCGCGGCUGGAGCAGGGCGUCCGGUUCCUGCACGCUUAUCCGCUCCUGCAGGAGGCCAGCCAGUCUACGUAUUCCCACCCCGAACAGAACAUCAACCUGUCCACCUCUCUCUACGGCAUCCAGAUCUCUGACCAGCAGAUGGCGCUGUCACCCAGAGGAACGUCUCGCCAGCAGACCACCUCUCCCUUCGACUUGGAGCAGGUCAGCUCGGAGGGAAAGUUUCUGUCCACGCCAGCUGCAGGUUCAGUCACAAAUUCUGUAAUAUCCAAACAGGUUUCCUCACACCCCGAUGCCGAGGCCUCAACGAGUGGAGCUAAACCCUUGGUUGAGGAGGGGGGGAUGGAUUUACUAAAUGCAGAUGGUUCCUCAGCUGGUGCUAUUCUCCAUGUGAAGCCCAGCAUAAUGAAGAGGAAUUCCUCCUUCAGGAAGCAUUACUCCUGUCAUCUCUGCAAGAGCAGAUUCACACAGAGAAGUCUGCUGAGAGAGCAUCUCCUGCAGCACGCUCAGACUUUCCAGCAUCCACCGGCUGAGCCCAGCAAGGCGCCCUCACCUGUGAUGGGAGACCUCGCCAUGUUGGCAGCGGGGGCUCUUGCAGGUAACAAAUCCGGGUCAGGUGUCGUGGUUGCGGCUGCAUCAGUCGAGAUCAUCAGUGACAGCGAGCAAACUCCUGUUUCAGGGACCAACUCCGACUCUCCACAAGCUGAGGUUUCCACUUCCACCUGGGGGGUGGGAGGAUUAAACUCCCAGGCCGACACGCCGCCCCCGUCAGACAUCGCGGACAUCGACAACCUAGAGAACGCAGACUUGGACCGGGAGGUGAAGCGGCGGAAGUACGAGUGCUCCACCUGCGGGCGGAAGUUCAUUCAGAAGAGCCACUGGCGCGAGCACAUGUACAUCCACACGGGGAAACCCUUCAAAUGCAGCGCGUGUGGGAAGAGCUUCUGCCGCGCCAACCAGGCGGCCCGCCACGUGUGCCUGAACCAGGGGGCCGACUCCUACACCAUGGUGGACCGUCAGAGCAUGGAGCUGUGCGCCGCAGGAGACGACAGCAGCCAGAUGGAGGCCAUGUUCUUGGGCUCCUCGAAGCCUUACAAGUGUAACAUUUGUGCGACAACCUUCUCCAGUCCCAGCGAGGUGAUUAAACACCUGUGCUUCUCACAAGGAGGACUAGUCGGGCUGCAGGGAAACGCGUCCGUAGGCGCGCUGCUGCAGCGGGAGGAAUUUUCCAAAGAUGAAGGCUCAGAUUUGUCCAACUCUGGCACCCCACUAGAAGCAAUAAAAACUGAGGAGAUUCUUGUGGAAUAGUGCCAGAACUGUGUUUUUGUCCUUUUUUUUUUUAAACUUGUUUUCUAAAUUAUCGUUAAAAGGUAAGCUAAAGAUAAAGUUCGUCAAAGUAGAUUUUCAGUCUACUUAAACUUUAUUUUACAAUGAAGUGCUUUAAACUUUUAGGCCCUCCGAGUGCUAAAUUAGACUCUUUCUAUACAAUCAGGUGGAAUUUUGAUUACACUGACAUUUUCUUGAAAGCUAUAAGAUAAAUAUUAAUGAUAUUGUUUGUGUACAUUCUUAUCAUCAGGAUAAGCCCGACUCAAGAAUUUGGUGCAGGUGCACAUGUAGGUUUUCAGUAUAAAAGGA